GGGAGUGACGCUUCUGGGCCGCGGAGCACUGUGGGAGGAGGCUGUCUCUAAUUUCUCCUCUCCCCCUCCCCCCUCCGGCCAAGAUGUCUGACAUGGAGGAUGAUUUCAUGUGCGAUGAUGAGGAGGACUACGACCUGGAGUACUCUGAAGACAGUAACUCUGAGCCCAAUGUGGAUUUGGAAAAUCAGUACUAUAAUUCCAAAGCACUGAAAGAAGAUGACCCGAAAGCAGCACUAAGCAGCUUCCAAAAGGUUUUGGAACUUGAAGGUGAGAAGGGAGAAUGGGGAUUCAAAGCACUAAAACAGAUGAUCAAGAUUAACUUCAAGUUGACAAACUUUCCAGAAAUGAUGAACAGAUAUAAGCAACUAUUGACCUAUAUUCGGAGUGCAGUCACCAGGACAACACUGGAAGCUUUGAAAGAUGCUAAGAAUGAUAGACUGUGGUUUAAGACAAACACAAAGCUUGGAAAAUUGUAUUUAGAACGAGAAGAAUAUGGAAAGCUUCAAAAAAUUUUACGCCAGUUACAUCAGUCUUGUCAGACUGAUGAUGGAGAAGAUGACCUGAAAAAAGGUACCCAGUUAUUAGAAAUCUAUGCUUUGGAAAUCCAAAUGUAUACCGCACAGAAGAACAACAAAAAGCUUAAAGCACUCUAUGAGCAAUCUCUUCACAUCAAGUCUGCCAUCCCUCACCCGCUGAUCAUGGGUGUCAUCAGAGAAUGUGGUGGUAAGAUGCACUUGAGAGAAGGUGAAUUUGAAAAGGCACACACUGAUUUUUUUGAAGCUUUCAAGAAUUAUGAUGAAUCAGGAAGCCCAAGACGAACCACUUGUUUAAAAUAUUUGGUCUUAGCAAAUAUGCUAAUGAAAUCAGGAAUAAAUCCGUUUGACUCACAGGAGGCCAAACCGUAUAAAAAUGAUCCAGAAAUUCUAGCAAUGACAAAUUUAGUAAGUGCCUAUCAGAAUAAUGACAUCACUGAAUUUGAAAAGAUUCUGAAAACAAAUCACAGCAACAUCAUGGAUGACCCAUUCAUAAGAGAGCACAUUGAAGAGCUUUUGCGAAACAUCAGAACACAAGUCCUCAUAAAGUUAAUUAAGCCUUACACAAGAAUACAUAUUCCUUUUAUUUCUAAGGAGCUAAACAUAGACGUAGCUGACGUGGAAAGCUUGCUGGUGCAGUGCAUACUGGAUAACACUAUUCAUGGCCGAAUUGAUCAAGUCAACCAACUCCUUGAACUGGAUCAUCAGAAGAGGGGUGCGCUGGGAUUGAAAGCCUACAGCACCACACCUGGUUCUCUUGCCUUGAAAGAAAGAAACACCGUUUGA